GUGAAUAUGUGAUUAUCGAUCGCAAUACGGCUAGAAUAAUUAGUCAAAUAUUGGGAUUCCUUUCAUUUCAGCAAACAAUGGAUGAGGAUGACCCACCCAUCCUCUACCACCAGCGAUGACUUCAAAGAGGAAUGUGGCCACCUUCAACGGCAAUCUCUGUGUCGUUUCUUGCUUAAAAGAUCCCAAGCGAUUGGGGUUUCCCUUGGCCAGUCAAUGUGCGUUAUUCCUUGUAACGCUAGCUUUAUUUCCUUCUCAAGCUUAGCGAAGCGAACCAGCCCGCGUCUUCAAAUAUUUCUCUCAUCUUCUGCUUCUCUCUUCUCUAUGGCUAUUGAUUUUUUCGCCGGUACAAAUACUUGGAUUGUAAAAUGUGUCUAAGCUAAAUUCUUCACCGUCCGAUGAUCUUACUUUUUUUAAUUUACUCGAUCAAACUAACUAACUAAUUAACUAACAUUACCACCACCUCCGUCUCCAUAUCCGACGAUGGGCCUUUGCUGUAGCAAAAACGUAUCCGCAGUCAAAAAUGAUGGAAUCACACCCGCCACCCACUUUAAACCGCCGUCGUCUUCACCUCCAACUGAACGUCCGGUGGAGACACCGUCUUCCACUGAUUGUAACCCAUUCGCGGCUAGCCCAUUCCAAAGUCCUCUUCCGGCUGGAGUUCCGCCGUCUCCUUCCGAGGCGGGUACUCCAGGAAGAAAGUUCAGGUGGCCUUUGCCGCCUCCGUCUCCGGCUAAGCCGAUCAUGGCGAUUAUGAGGCGGCGAGGGCAGACUAAGCCGCCCAAGGAGGUGCCAAUACCAGAGGAUGGAGAGGGAGGUGAGGGCGAGAGGCAGCUGGAUAAGAGUUUUGGCUACGCGAAUAAUUUUCCGGCCAAGUUCGAGUUGGGGAGGGAGGUUGGGCGAGGGCAUUUUGGUUACACUUGCUGGGCUAUGGGAAAGAGAGGGGAGCUCAGGGGACAGCCAGUCGCCGUCAAGAUCAUUUCCAAAGCCAAGAUGACAACAGCAAUAUCCAUUGAAGAUGUUCGUCGGGAGAUAAAAAUAAUGAAAGCUCUAUCGGGGCAUAAGCAUAUGAUCAAAUUUCAUGAUGCUUUUGAGGAUGCCAAUAAUGUCUACAUGGUCAUGGAAUUGUGCGAAGGUGGAGAACUACUAGACAGAAUUUUAUCAAGAGGUGGAAGAUACACAGAGGAAGAUGCUAAAUCUAUUGUUGUGCAAAUCCUAAGUGUAGUUGCCUUUUGUCAUCUUCAAGGUGUUGUGCACCGGGAUCUUAAGCCUGAGAAUUUCCUUUUUACCACAAGAGAUGACGAUGCUCCCAUGAAGAUUAUUGAUUUUGGGUUAUCAGAUUUUAUUAGGCCAGAUCAACGUCUCAAUGAUAUUGUUGGCAGUGCAUAUUAUGUUGCACCAGAAGUGCUCCAUAGAUCAUACAGUGUUGAAGCUGAUAUGUGGAGUAUUGGUGUCAUAACAUAUAUAUUGUUAUGUGGAAGUAGACCUUUUUGGGCUCAGACUGAAUCAGGAAUUUUUCAUUCUGUGUUAAGAGCUGAUCCUAAUUUUGAUGACUCACCUUGGCCUGUGGUAUCGGCAGAAGCUAAAGCUUUUGUGAAAAGGCUUCUGAGCAAGGACCACAGGAAGAGAAUGACUGCUGCCCAAGCUUUGACUCACCCAUGGUUGCGAGAUGAAAAUCGACCUGUGCCUUUGGAUAUUUUGAUAUACAAGUCGGUUAAGUCAUAUGUUCGUGCCACACCAUUGAAGCGUGCAAAGAUCAAGGCUCUUUCAAAAGCUAUUCCAGAAGAUGAGUUUUUCUAUCUCAAGGCUCAAUUUAGUCUUUUGGAACCAAAAGAUGGAUUUCUUUCUCUUAAUAGUUUUAAAGCGGUGUUAACGAGACAUUUUACUGAUGCCAUGAAGGAGUCAAGGGUUAUUGACAUUUUCAAUGUGAUGGAACCGCUCUCCUAUGAAAAAAUGGGGUUUGAGGAGUUCUGUGCUGCUUCAAUAAAUACAUAUCAACUUGAGGUCCUUGAAGACUGGGAAGAUAUUGCACAUACAGCGUUUGAGUACUUUGAAGAAGAAGGAAACCGGGUCAUUUCAGUGCAGGAAUUGGCUCUGGAAAUGAAUUUGGGCCCUACAGCCCAUUCUUUAGUCAAUGAUUGGAUUAGAAGUUCUGAUGGAAAAUUGAGCUUCCUUGGAUAUAUCAAAUUUUUACAUGGUGUGACUCUUCGUAGUUGUAAUACAAGACAACGAUAGCAUAGUCAGAGAUACAGAAUAGUGGACAAUAUCUUUUUAUUUUUUGGGUUAAUGUUACAAUUUUUUUCCCUUCCAAAAUCUGAUUAGCAGUGUAAAAUGGAAGGUCUAGACGGUAUACAUUGUUGAGAGUCUGAUAUUCACCUCAAUAUGUUGACUUUUUAUGUUAAUAUGUCAGCUUGAUCAUUGAACACAUGUGAAAGAAGAUCACCAUAACCUUAUUUGUAAAGAUGAAUGUGUAUACUUUACAUGUUCAAAUCUUCAAUACAAAAUGCAAGUUAGAUUCUUGAU